AAAACAACAAAAAUAGUUUCCUUUUCUUUCAAUAUUCAGUGCAGAAGGUACAAAUUCCCCAAAUGAUAUGUGAUGCAUAUGUGAUUAAAAUUGCAUUAAAUUGUGGUAUUCGGACGAGAGGCACAACAAUAAUUUGCGUUUGAUGUCUUUUGCACAAAGAGGGAAGAGGUAGAGAAGUGCUAAGAGGAUGAGUCGGUUUAGAGCAGAUUCACACAGCUGAGAGCACUGGAGUGAAGAGAGCAAGACAACAAGACAACAGAGUUUGUCCCAUGGAGGAGUGUCUCACUCAUCGAAUCGGGAUGUUUGUUCUCAUCUGGGCUUCUUUGCUCUUCGCUGUGAGAAGCAACAAUGCUAAUGCAGUUGCAUCUCCAGAAGGAAGAGAGUGCUCUCAAAAUGGAAUCUGUGUCACCCUUAGUGAAACAGAAAUAACAGCAGAGGCUGGACUCUGUGCUGUGAUACCGUGUUCUUUCACCACUGACGGCUUCUCUUCGGAAAAUGCAGUUUGGUACAAAUGUGAUCCUUCUAAACAUAACUGUACUGAUUUAGACAUAACACUCCGCUUGAACAAACCAAAUGCUCAGCCUAAGUCUAGAAGACAGGUGUCACUGUUGGAGCCUGAUCUGAGUCAGAAUAACUGCAGCAUCAUCAUCAAUGAUGUCACCAAAUCAGACUCGGGAUCGUAUCACCUCACAGAUGUUUUUCUGAAUGAAACCACAGGACACACAUCUCCUAGAGUAACUAUCACUGUAACAGGUCUGACCCAGAAGCCCACAGUGAUGAUUCCUCCUCUGACAGAGGGACAGCAGAGCACACUGAGCUGCACUGCUCCUGGUCUCUGCUCUGGAUCUGUUCCUGAAAUCAGCUGGACGUGGAGAGGAGCAGGAGAGAAGGACUCUCACAUCACAGGAAACAUCACUGCUUUCAGGACUGAGAAUCUGACUGCUGUCACUCAGAGACACAGCUCAACCCUGACCUUUAACUCUUCAGCUGAACACCACGACACCAAUGUCAGCUGUAAGGUCAGCUUCACCAACAACAUCACUACAGAGGAGACUGUCACUCUGAAUGUGACCUAUGUGAAGGAAGUUAAUAUCACUGGGGAUACAAGUGUGAAGGAUCGUGAGACUCUGAAUCUGACCUGUAGUGUUGAAAGUUUCCCUCCAUCUCUCAUCACCUGGACUAAACUCGGCUUGAACAGAACCCUGAACAAUGACACUGGAACAGCCACUCUUGUCAUCCCUAACGUGACAGCAGAAUAUUCUGGACAGUACAUAUGCACAGUAAAACAUCAGAACAACACCCUGACGGAAGAAGUAAACAUAACAGUGAUAUAUGCAAAGAAACCUGUGAUCACUGGAAUGACAACCGUUAAAGAAGGUGAGGCUCUAAAUCUGACCUGCGGUGUUGAAAGUUUUCCUCCAUCUGGUAUCACGUGGACUAAACGUGGUUCCAACAACAACCUGCAAAAAGAAACUAGAAUCAUACUGCAGAAUGACACGGGAUCAGCCACUCUUGUCAUCCUUAAUGUGACAGCAGAAUACUCUGGACAGUACAUCUGUACAGCAGAACACCAGAUCCCUACCCUGACUACACAUGCUGAUGUAAUUGUUACAUAUGUGAAGAGAGUUACGAUCACUGGGAAUACAAGUGUGAAGGAUCGUGAGACUCUGAAUCUGACCUGUAGUGUUGAAAGUUUCCCUCCAUCUCUCAUCACCUGGACUAAACUCGGCUUGAGCGGAAUCCUGAACAAUGACACUGGAACAGCCACACUUGUCAUCCCUAAUGUGACAGCAGAAUAUUUUGGACAGUACAUAUGCACAGCAAAACAUCAGAACAACACCCUGACGGAAGAAGUAAACAUAACAGUGAUAUAUGCAAAGAAACCUGUGAUCACCGGAAUGACAACCGUUAAAGAAGGUGAUGCUCUAAAUCUGACCUGCGGUGUUGAAAGUUUUCCUCCAUCUGUUAUCACGUGGACUAAACGUGGUUCCAACAACAACCUGCAAAAAGAAACUGGAAUCAUCCUGCAGAAUGACACGGGAUCAGCCACUCUUGUCAUCCUUAACGUGACAGCAGAAUAUUCUGGACAGUACAUAUGCACAGCAAAACAUCAGGACAACACCGUGACGGAAGAAGUAAAUAUAACAGUGAUAUAUGUGAAGAAAUCUGAAAUAACUGGAAAGACGACUGUAAAGGAGGGUGAUGCUUUAAAUCUGACCUGCAAUGUUGAAAGUGUCCCUCCGUCUCUUGUCAUGUGGACUGAAGUCCCAUCCAACCAAAACCCGAACAAAGGAGCCGAUACUCACCUGCAGAACAACACUGGAUCAGCCACUCUUUUCAUCCAUAAUGUGACAGCUGAACAUAAUGGACAAUACAUCUGUACAGCGAAACACCUGGACACAACUCUGACUAUGCAUGCCAAAGUCACUGUGACUUUUUAUCCAAAGAUCCUAAACAGUUCUGGAUGCAUAAAUCAGUCGGAGGUUCUGACCUGCGUGUGCAUCAGUGAGGGGUUUCCUUUACCCACCAUCACAUGGCCGCUCUUGGAAAACCACACUAGGUACUCUGUCAUCACCACGGUGUCACACCACACAGUCAACAGCACCGUCACCCUAACUGUAAAAGACCACAGCAACACUUCUGUUGAGUGUGUCAGCAGCAAUCAUAAUGGAGAAGUAAAACGAAACCUCAUCCUGAACAAAGUAGAAGAAGAAGAUCAAAACAUGAGUGUCAACGUGUUAACAAUGAUUACACGGCUGGAAAUUAUCAUUGCCUUUUUGAUUGGCGCUCUUCUUUCUGCAAUCAUUUGCUGUUUGGUGAGAAAAUGUCACAGAAGAAAACAGAGGGUCUAUGUAGAUAUGGCUGAGACUCUGGAGAUGAUGACACUUAACGGGGAUCCUCUGAUAGAUGGUGGUGAAGCAGUGGAAGAUUAUCAGGCCAUCGACCAAGUGGCAACUGAAGCGGGCGGAGCUGUGGUGGCGGACAAAUCGGAUGUGGAGUACUCCAAGAUUGAUUUCUCCCAGAUUAAAAGAAAGACCCCAACAGAGGCAGGGACUGCGCAAGGGACCACAGAGACAGAGUAUGCUGAAAUUAAAGAAUCAAAGAAAAUGAAAGAAGAAGCAGAGGAGACACAAGAGGAAGAGGGUAGAGAGGAAAUGAUUAGGGAGGGUGAAGAGACAAAACACUGUGUAUCAGAGGAUAAGGAAUGUGAGGUCAUGGUACUGUAUUCAAAUGUGCAGGAUAUAAUGAGUCAGAUUUGAGCAUAGUGUUGCUUAGUUGUUUGAGGACAAAGUUACUAAUGUAAUUUGCUCUGAUGAAAUGGCUUCUUGCUGUUUAUUAUUUUCCUGCUAUGGCACUGUGAUUUAAAAAAAAAAAGCCAAACUAAGCAUGCGGUGCACCUCAAAUGAAUGAAGACAUCGUGUAACUGUCAUAAUCAAGUUCAAGUUAUAUGGUGAGUCAGCUCUGUAUAGCAGCGCUGACCACUGCACAGCAGUUUAUAAAAGGUGGUAUUAGCAUAGUAUAUAUUUUUAUUCUUCUUUAUUUAAGAGUGGCAGUCAUUCAAAAGACAUUGCUACCACAACAUCAGAUGACAUAUAAAUACAUAUUACGUGUACAAGAGCUCACAAAUUAAAACUCUGUAAAAACAAACAAACAAACAGAAAUGUGAAAAGUACAAUUAAUUGUUUCCAGACAGUUGCUGUACUGUGGUGUAACUCUGUGUAGCCAGCUGGUUGCCUGGCAACCUCAGGGAGUCAAUGCAGUCAGCUUUUACAGUUACAGUUGAGAGAGUCUGAAAUAAAUGAAAUGAUAAUAUGAAUGGGUAUUGAGUGAAGCAUUACUACUUUCUUGACACUAGCUAACAGAGGACCUGUGCACACCUUUGACUUAGUUACUAUCGGCAAGACAAGACCAACAAAUCUAACAAUUACUUUGUAUUUCAAAUAAACUCAUGUAUAUUGGUGUAAAAAAAAAAUCCCCAGCACUUUAUGUUGCUGUCACAAAAACAGGAAAUCAUUGUGUGAGAGGAUGUGGGCCUAAAAUAGCAUCUGAAACCAGGUGUUGGGUGUUUUGCAUAAUGGGUUCCUCUUUAAUAAAAGAAAAGACAGCAAGAUUCUGCAGCUUGGCUCCUAGGUCACAUACUGUACAGUAUACACUCAUUCCUCAACUUUAUAAUUAUUACUCUGUUCCUCUUUAUUAAUGCUUUUACAAGGCAUAUGUGGGGAAACCGAAAAUUCAUAAUACAAAUUUAAUAAUACAGGAAAAGAAAAUGAAACAUACCGUAUAGGCAUAUUUCUGAUUUUGUAUGUAUCAACAUUAAAGAAGGGAGAUACCCACAUUCAGUAAACAAGCUUUUUGCAGGUUCUGUUUAUCAACAUUACCCAACAAGUGUUACAUACCUAAAUUACAAAAUAGGUGGUCUGUCCUUUAAUUCACACAUAGAGUUUAUACUAAAAUCAAAUGUAAAAGUUAAUUAAAAAUACUUGCUUAUGUCUUUGAGUUCUUGACCGUUGAAAGUGUAGAGGGACAUGAGUUUUUGUAAUCCUUUCUUGGAUAACAAGUUAUUAGUGAAUAUUUGCUGUGUAAUGAGAAUAAU